AGCGUAAUUUCUGUGAGGCCAAGGAGAGCUGAGAGUAUAUAAAAGGACUGUAGUUGGGUGCAGAGGAGCAGCGCCCAGGGCACAGAGCACACCCAAAGUCUCUGAAGAGGCCUGCUCUCUCGCCACCUGCUCUGCUACACACGGCAGUUAUUCAGAAGGCAGUAAAAAUGAAGAGCAUUUACUUUGUGGCCGGAUUGCUCAUAAUGCUGGUCCAUGGCAGCUGGCAACGCUCUCUUCAAGAAACAGAGGAGAAAAUCAGGUCAUUCUCAGCUCCCCAGACAAACCUGCCUGAUGACACGGAUCUGAUGACUGAAGAUAAGCGCCAUUCCCAGGGCACCUUCACCAGUGACUACAGCAAGUACCUGGACUCCCGACGCGCUCAAGAUUUUGUGCAGUGGUUGAUGAACACCAAGAGGAACAGGAAUAACAUUGCCAAACGCCACGAUGAGUUUGAGAGACAUGCUGAAGGGACCUUUACCAGUGAUGUAAGUUCCUAUCUGGAAGGCCAGGCUGCCAAGGAAUUCAUUGCUUGGCUGGUGAAAGGCCGAGGGAGGCGAGAUUUUCCAGAAGAAGUGACCAUUGUUGAAGAGCUACGCCGUAGACAUGCUGACGGCUCCUUCUCAGAUGAGAUGAACGCGAUUCUUGAUAGUCUGGCCACAAGGGACUUUAUAAACUGGUUGCUUCAGACCAAAAUCACUGACAGGAAGUGAAUCCAUCACUAGUCAAGAUCAUUAUUACAACAGCACCUGCCAGCCACUUGGAAUGUUUGAAUUUUUAAGUUCUAUAAAUUCAAGAGGUGUAUUCUGAAGCCAUAUUGCUUUGCAUGCCAAUAAGUAUAUUUUCUUUUAGCAUUGGGUAGCCAAAAGAUAGUAAAUGAAAAAUCUAUUCUUAGAAUAUUGCUACAAUGUCAAGGCCAUCUUUACAACAGCAUCCGCCACCCACUUGGAAUGUUUGAAAUUUUAAGUUCUGUAAAUUCAAGAGGUGUAUUCUGAAGCCAUAUUGCUUUGCAUGCCAAUAAAUACAUUUUCUUUUAGCACUGGGUAGCCAAAAGAUAGUAAAUGAAAUAAUCCAUUCUCAAAAUAUUACUACAAUAUCAAUCUGAAACUGUUUUAUCCUCUUAUUUUCUUACUUUGGAUUACAUAUUCAACCUGUUUAUAGCUAGCAUUCAAAUUAUUUUUCUAUGAUAUAAUUUGUAAACAUAAAUUAUUAUAAUCUUGAUGUGUCUGCUUUACAUUGGUAGAAGGGAAAAAUUGGUAGCCACAGUGGAAAAACUGGAAAAAGAAUAUCCUUCUUGAAACCUUUGCUACAGAAA